CACAGAUGUCCCUCCUCUGCAGGGGGAGCUGGGCAGGCUGGAGGACUGGAGUUCCUCUGCUCCUCUGCCUCCUAGGCUCAAUGCAGGGGCUUCUCCUGGUACUUUUCAGCCCUGGUUGCCAGCCAGCCAGCCCCCUGGGACUUCAGCAGGGCUGUUGGAAUCCCCAGGGCAGAGAGAGGGCCUGGGGGAGGAGCAGCCGCGCAUGGAGCAUGGAGCAUGGACCGCCUGCCCUUUAUGAGGGUCUUAGCACUCCAGCUUCGAUCCGAGGACAGCCUUAGCAUCUGGGCCCCACCUGAUGACUGAAGGAAGCCAGUGCCUGACUUUGCUUUGAAGCAGAGGCCUGGAUAAUGAGAGGUGGUGGUGCCCAGAAGGCACCCUGGGAAAGGUAGGAAGUGGCUCCAUGAGUUCUGCAUUACUCAUGUCAUUAUUGAGCUUGCAUAUAACAUUUGCAGGGAGGCCGCUGGAAAGAGCUUUCCAGAGCCCUUUCUCCCCCCCCCCCAUUAUCUUGCAUCUGUUCAGGAGGGGAGGAACAAGAAAAAACAACAUACUUUUUGGUUGUUAACACACAGGUAGUUGUAGUUGUGUGCAAUCUGGAGAACUUACUGGAUAGUUUCCCAUCAUUUAUAGCCAGAAGUAACUUUGUAAAUUCUAGCCUGUGGAAACUAUUGUUUUAAUCUAUACCAAAGUUUUGGGGAUUGAUACGAAAGUAUAAACUGCUAUUAAGGUGAUGAAAAACUGCUUCAGAAUAUCAGAAAAAGAUGGAAUUGGUAAGUGCCUAUGAGGGGAAAGGGGGCAGUUUUGUAAACUGUCCCCAUUCAGGGGGAUCCAAAGUGGUGGGGCUCCCUGAAGACUAGAAGGCCAGUUACAGAGAGCCACUGCCUGGGCCCUCCCUGCUCUUUGCCUUCUCUUCUGGCCCCAUGGAUUGGCCCAUGACAGGCAGAAAUGUUUGAGGAAGCCCUUGGUUCUUUGUUUGGAAGUUUUUAUUUUACUGAAACUCCACCCUGAAGAAAAGCUUUACUCUUAGGUGAUUCAUCUCUUCAGAUGGGGAGUUCUGUGACUAUUCCACCCUUUUCUCCAGUGAUGGGAGGCAUUUGGUGGAGCUUGCAGUUUUCACUGGGGAAAAAAGAGAGUCACUCCUGGAAUAGACUAAUCUGUUGCCUUCUUUGGGACAUCUCCCAUUUUGAAACAAAUUACACUUUUGUUUAUUAUGUGAAUCCUUGAAAAGAUCAAAUCUUUAUUCACUUGAAAUGACUUGAUGGAAUAGAAAUUGAAUUUUGCUCUUUGUGUGUCAUUUUAUUUUAUUGUCAGAAUGAAAAUGCCUCAUGGUUAAUAGUUUUAAAUUAAUAUAGUCUCUUUGCUAGUAUUUUGCCUAAUGUAAAAAAAUAAUGUUUAGCUAUUUUGAACAAACUUUUUGUUGCUUAGUUUCCUUAUGCGUGUUAAAUGAGAACCAAGUGGUCGUAUGGCUUGCCACAUGUAUGGAUCGAGCCACUGUCUUUGAACCCCAUUGCGUGCGCCAGGGGCAAAGAGGGGAACAAAAGCAGUUAUGAACCUUGGCAUCCAUAAAGUAACUACCAGCAAAGACUUUUUAGGACCAGAAAAAAAUAUAGGAUCCUAUUUGCGAUUUUGUACUUGGGGAAGGCAAAUGCUGACCGGCUUCAAUUUCCCAAAGAAGAAAAGUCCCUUGUAGGUAGGGAGGUCCUUGGUGCUUUCUGAGCUUAGCUGUUUCCUUGCAGACAUUCCUUUAUCUGCCUUGAUGAUUGUAGGAUUAUCACUCUUCCUUAAAGAGGCAUCGGCAGGGCUCCAGUUCAUAUUUCGCCCUAGGUUUUGUGUAACACACUAGAUGCAGCCAACACAAAAUGCUUCAGUAGAUUGUGGGAAUCCAACCCUCGUUAAACCAUAAAGGCACCUCUUCUUUGGGGUUGUUAUUUAGGCAUAGUUGUUGAUAUAUUGAGUUUGAGACUUCAGAGUGGGUACUAUGUCUCCCUCUGCCCGAUGGGAAGAACUAGCCCUGGCCUAAGAAAGAAGGGAUGCGAUGGAAGACUCCCCCCCUUUUCCCUGAUGUUUGUAGUUCUCACUGUGGCACUACUGAGCUUGUCGGUUGUUCCCAAAAGCCCUCUCUCUCUCUGCAAGUCACCAGUGGUGGAUAGGUGGCAGUUUACCGUACUUAAUAAGCAUAUGACCGAUGGGGCCUCUCAAGAGCUCUGGGAAUGUUCUGUUCUGCAUGUGGUUUCUUCUUUGAUGUCAGACUCUUCAUUUGAGCCAUACACCUGGAUGGCCUCUGGCCCCAGAGUUGGUUGCCUCUUCCACUGCUCUGGGGUGAGUGAUGGGGAUGACAGUUAGGAGACUAAAACUCUUCACAUGGAUUCCUUUCUAUGGGGGGGUGCCAAGUAACCAUGGGAUCUGGGAAAAGAGGAUGGCUGCUUUGUCCACCAAACGUUUUGCUUUCCAUAAUGCCAUCUUUUUCCCACUGAAGAAACCAACAUGCUUUUUCUCCUUGCCUUUUCCAGGCUGCAUAGCUGGUCCCUGGAAAUGGGAUGCCCAUCCCACGCGGGGAGCAUAACAGGCGGCUCUCCUCCUCCUCCUCCUCCCUUUUGCUCCUGCUGCUGCUGCCGCCGCCCUCAGUGAAACCAGGAGGCAGGGAAUUAUGUCUGCCCUUACAUCAGCCAUCCAGGCCCCCCAGGGGCCAGUCAACCCUCCUCCCCCAGAGGUCACCAACCCCACCAAGCCUGGGAGGAAGACGAACCAACUGCAGUACAUGCAGAAUGUGGUGGUGAAGACCCUGUGGAAGCACCAAUUUGCCUGGCCCUUCUAUCAGCCAGUUGACGCCAUUAAAUUAAACUUACCGGACUACCACAAAAUCAUCAAGAACCCAAUGGACAUGGGCACCAUCAAGAAGCGCCUGGAGCACAACUACUACUGGAGCGCCAGUGAAUGCAUGCAGGAUUUCAAUACCAUGUUUACCAAUUGUUACAUUUACAACAAGCCAACGGAUGAUAUCGUCCUCAUGGCACAAGCCUUGGAAAAGAUCUUCCUGCAGAAAGUGGCCCAGAUGCCUCAGGAGGAAGUGGAGCUGCUGCCCCCUGUACCUAAAGGCAAAGCUCGGAAGAUAGCAGCUGGGACCCCCAACCCAGGAACCCAGCACCCAGCAGCCACGGCCGUCUCCUCCGCAUCCUCCCCGGCGCCUUUCCAGAGCGUCCCUCCGUCGGUAUCUCAGACGCCCGUAAUUGCCGUCACCCCUGUGCCAACCAUCACUGCGAAUGUCACCCCCAUCACUGCCCCCCCUGCGACACCCGUGCUUCCUCCCCCGCCUCCUGCCGCCCCAAUCAUGGCAGUCGUUCCCCCAACACCGCCCAUCGUCAAGAAAAAGGGGGUGAAGCGGAAAGCAGACACCACCACGCCCACCACGUCAGCCAUCACAGCCAGCCGGAGUGAAUCCCCUCCGCAGCUGUUGGACUCCAAGCAGGCCAAAGUGGUGGCUCGGCGGGAGAGCGGUGGCCGGCCCAUCAAACCGCCAAAGAAGGACCUGGAAGACGGGGAGGUGCCCCAGCACGCGGGCAAGAAGGGCAAGCUCUCGGAGCACCUCAAGUACUGCGACAGCAUCCUGAAGGAGAUGCUGUCCAAGAAGCACGCGGCCUACGCCUGGCCCUUCUACAAGCCGGUGGACGCCGAAGCCCUGGAGCUGCACGACUACCACGACAUCAUCAAGCACCCCAUGGACCUCAGCACCGUCAAAAAAAAAAUGGACAGUCGGGAAUAUCAAGACGCCCAAGGCUUCGCAGCGGACAUCCGGUUAAUGUUCUCCAAUUGUUACAAGUACAAUCCGCCUGACCAUGAGGUGGUGGCCAUGGCUAGGAAGCUGCAGGACGUCUUUGAGAUGCGAUUUGCCAAGAUGCCGGACGAGCCCGCCGACCCCCCACCUCCCCCUCUGCCCACCGCCCCUGUGGUCAGCAAGAGCACGGAGAGCAGCCACAGCAGCGGGGGGAGCUCCUCAGACAGCUCGGAUAGCUCGGACUCGGAGGAGGAGCGGGCCACACGGCUGGCAGAGCUGCAGGAGCAGCUGAAGGCCGUCCACGAGCAGCUGGCUGCCCUCUCGCAAGCACCAGUCAACAAGCCAAAGAAGAAGAAGGAGAAAAAAGAGAAGGAGAAGAAAAAAAAGGAGAAGGAGAAAGAGAAGCACAAGGCAAAAGCCGAGGAGGAGAAGAAAGCCAAGGUGCCCCCCCCAGCAAAAGCCCCCCAGCAGAAGAAAGCCCCCGCCAAGAAGGCCAACAGCACAGUUCCCGUUAACAGGCAGCCCAAGAAGGCCGGGAAGCAGGCCUCGGCCACCUUCGACUCGGAGGAGGAGGAGGAGGGCAUCCCCAUGACCUACGAUGAGAAGCGCCAGCUCAGCCUGGACAUCAACCGCCUGCCAGGGGAGAAGCUGGGCCGGGUGGUGCACAUCAUCCAGUCGCGAGAGCCCUCCCUCAGGGACUCCAAUCCCGACGAGAUCGAGAUCGACUUUGAAACUUUGAAGCCCACCACGCUGCGAGAACUCGAGAGAUACGUCAAGUCCUGCUUGCAGAAAAAGCAGCGGAAACCAUUUUCCGCAAGUGGGAAGAAGCAGGCGGCCAAGUCAAAGGAGGAGAUGGCCCAGGAGAAGAAGAAGGAGCUGGAGAAGCGCCUGCAGGAUGUCAGUGGGCAGCUGAGCAACAACAAGAAGCCGGCCAGGAAAGACAAAUCGGGCUCCUCGGCGCCAUCCGGCGGUCCGUCUCACCUGAGCAGCAGCAGCAGCUCCGAGUCAGGGAGCUCCAGCUCCAGCGGCUCCAGCUCGGACAGCAGCGACUCCGAAUGAGCAGGGGGGGCCGAGCGCCUGUCCGGACUGGCAUCUCAUUCCCCGGCUGUGUCUUUUCAGCGGUUCCUCUCUUCCAUCGUGACCAAGUCUGCGUCCUCCAGUCUUUUGCAGCCAUUUUGAAGGACUCCUCUGAAGGGUUUCCUCCUCCUGCUUUUAUUAGGUCAAACGCCUGACUAGACUCAGAGGCAAAAGAAUUUGCCUCUCUUAACGUCUCUAAACCCCCCCCCCUUUUUAAACCCGAGAUGCUGAAAUGCUGAAGGAGGACUCAACAGAGACACUGUGGCCCCCUCCCGCUGUGGCCGAAGCCCGGUGGGGGAGCAACUCUGCCCUUCCUGGGGGCUCCCUUGGCCAGGCCAGAGGGACAGUCCUCUUUGAAGGCAGGGGGGGGAGAUGUGGGGGUUGCACCUCGGUGAAUGGUACUGCAGUGGGAGGGGCCAGAGCUCUUAAGGCCGGCCGGCCGGCGUGAAUGUUCUAAUCUUCUGCUGGUCUGCCG